UCACAUGAGCGAAUGAGUCCAAAUGAUGUGGCGACUAACACCAGCAGCAGCAGCAGCAGCAGCAGCCGCCGCCACUUUUCAAUUUUCCUCUCCUGCUGUUCUGUGUCCUGCAGCUCCGCGUGUAGAGCCUUCUAGAUACACUUAUAGUUUUUAAAAUGAGCAUUCCUGUAGUGGACUUUGGUGCAUACAGCCUGAGUGAGGGAGAUGUUACCGACGAGCAGCUGCACAAGUUGAGCAAAGAGCUGAGGACAGCCUUCACAGAAGUGGGCUUCGUUUUUCUGCAGAACACCGGGAUCACUCAGGAGGAGGUGGACCGUGUCAUGGGUGUAUCCAAGGAAUUCUUCCUGCAGCCAGAGGAGCUGAAGCAGCCCUUCAGCAGGAGAAGCUUCGCCAACAACCUGAACCACGGCUGGGUGUCUCUGGAGACUGAGAGGUUGAACCCACGUCGACCUGGAGAUCUUAAGGAGGCAUUCAAUACGGCUUCACUUCACCCUGACAUAAAGUGGCCGUCAUCAGAUGCUGUACCAGGGUUCCAGGGGAUCCAGACGUGUUUCUUCCAGCGCUGUAAAGAGCUGAGUCUGCGGGUGCUGAGGGUGAUGGCCCACAGUCUGGGUCUGGACCCAGAGGUGUUCCUGAGUACACAUCAGUUAAUAGGAACUGAUGAGAAUGGCACCACGCUGCGGUCUCUGUACUACCCACCGGUGAACAGUGAGAAAGCCAAGGAGGGUCAGCUGCGAUGUGGAGAGCAUUCAGACUACGGCAGCAUCACGCUGCUGUUCCAGAGCUCUGAGGGUCUGCAGGUCCGCAGACGUUCAGGUGAGUUCAUCUGUGCUCCCAGCAUCCCCGGAACGGUCCUCAUCAACAUCGCCGACCUGAUGCAGCGCUGGACCAGCGAUCACUUUGUCUCUGUGCUCCACAGGGUUUUGCUGCCCCCUGCUGGAGACUCCAACACACGUCAGUCUAUGGCUUUCUUCGUCCAGCCUGAUGAUGCGGCAUUGAUCACCUGCUGCGACGGCUCCAACAAAUACCCUCCCGUGACAGCAGGUGACUACCUCAUUGAGCGUUUCAAUGACUCGUACGGACGGAGCUGAAUUUCUAACCAUGAAUUGUGAUCACGCAACUGUUGUUGUUUUGUUAACAAAGGACCUAGGGAAAGUUUUUCUAAACAUGUUGCAGGAGUUACUCUUGUCAAAACACUGAAUAUUUUACUUUGGAUCGCAUAAUGUUUUUACAUUUCUAAUUAUUUGAAUGUGUUUGUGUGUGUUGAUGUGUGUGUGUGUGACAAAAAGAAGCAAGCCUCAAAACUGCAAGCUCAUUCACUUUAUUGUCUACAUUCAAACCUCAUACAACAGUUUCAUAAAUUAGUUAGACAGGAUUUAACUGCUUUUAUGAAACGGCCAUAGAAAAAUAAAUAAAAAUACACCUGUAGCAGGUAAACUGGGGUCAACAGACAGAUGUGACAUAAAAAUAUCUUCCUCAUAAGAUCUGUCUUUGUGUCCUUAUUCUCUUAUCUGUUGCAUUAUUCUAAGAUUAAAACAAAGAUCAGUUUUUGACCAUGUGUCUCUUGAUUUUAAUUCAGUUUCAUCGACUGUGGUGUUACUGAAUAAAUAAAUAAUUCUAUUAUGAGAAAUGACAGAUUCAGACUAUCUCUCUCUCUCUCUCACACACACACAUAAAUAGAUGUAACUUCAUCUGUAAGCUAAAUAUAUUCUUCGACCAUCAUCAACUAGAAAAUCCAACUGAGGGAAUAAGCAUUUUACGUAGGUGUAAAUUUACAUUUUCUUUAGCCUUGUGUGCAUUAAGGAGUUCCAUUGCAAAUGAUCUAAACUGGAAAAACUUCCUCUAAGAAAAUGAUGGCUGAUGUUGAAGUAGAACUGUCCUCUUAAGAAAACGUAUAAAAACAGUUAAGAGGACAAAAUCAUUUGAGAUAUUGACCAAUAGCAAACUUCUUUAAACCUAAAGAGAGA